GAAAAGGCUAUUGAAUGGCUGCAAAAAACGAAAAGGAAUAACGAUAAUAAUUUUCAAAUGGCGGUUGACUACGAAAGUUUUGAUGAUUCUCUAAAAAAAUUAUUAUCCGACAAUAAGUUAUUAAUAUCGUGGAUUCCAUUUGAAGAAUUAGAAUUUCUUGGAAAAGUUGGAAAAGGUGGGUUUGCAACUGUGUAUGCUGCUAUUUGGGAACGAACAACCACAAGUGGAAUUUUAAACCAGCUUGUUGCACUCAAAUUAUUUCAUGGAUCAAAAAAUAGCUGCGAGGAACUUAUAAAAGAGUUAAUCGCAUAUUCAAAUAUUGGAUCUAAAAAUCCCACAUUUUUACAAUGUCAUGGAAUAUCAAAAGAUGAAAGUACUGACGAUUAUAUUUUAAUAAUGCAAUAUGCGCCAAUGGGAUCUUUACGAACGAGGCCGAAUAUUCUUAAAGGUACAGCAACAUGUUUUGCUGAACUUUUGAAGAGGUGUUGGGAUGAAAAUCCAAACAACCGUCCAUCAGCUUCAGAAAUUCAUAAAACAAUUUUAAAUUGGAAAAAUAAUACGGAAAUUUUUGUUGAAUUUUUAAAAUCUGAUAAAGAAAUGGAGAUCAAAAAUAAUAGCUUUAAUAAUAUGGAAGAUAGUACGAUUUAUACUAGCAAAUUUAUCAGUUAUAUCAACCAGCUGUCAUAA